AUGCGGUUAGCAUUUGCAUUGGGUAAUUUGGGUAAUUUGGGUAAUGGGCGACGCGACGCAGCUCGCGGGGUUGCCGUGCAUGAAAGCAAGGCAGGAGCCGGGGAGUCAGCCUCCUUCCUCGCAAUUGAUCCUCUCUCGCCUCCUUCCCAGCCUCCUGGUUUGUCUCCCUCAAGCCAAGGCCGGUUUGAUUUUGAUGCUCAAUUUGCCAUCAGCGUCACGUCUUGUCACAACACCCAUGUCCCAAUGACCAUGGACGGACCAACUCGGAAAACCACCUGCAUCAAGGCACCUUACGGAGUAUUGAGUACUCCGUACACAACGAAGGAACAGUCUCGAGAGGUGUGGCUGACACUGCCUGCCGCUGCAAGCGCCUUGGGACAUUUGCACAAAAUACAAUGCUUGCUCUAA